AAGGCACGACAGCAUCAGCGACAACCGAGUUUGCUUGGCCAUGGACCCACUCCAGGGAUGGCAUCGGCAGGCGCAGGUGGUCCUACGUCGCAGUCGCCUAUGUUGCAGCAGCCGCAGCCCCAGGUUGCGACAAACCGACGGCCGUCAUCUUCGGAACAACGACAGCAGCAAGGGUCGUCGCAGAACUCCAGUGUACCGCCUCUCAGUCACGGUACUGCUCCUCUUGUUCAGCAAUUCCGGCAACAAGAGCAUCAGCAACAGCAGCGGCAGCAGGUGAAUGGAUCGCAGCAACAGUUGCCUCAGAACGGACAGCAGCAUCUCCCACAAAUGCAACCACCUUUCCAGUAUCAGUCUUCGCCGUAUGGCAUGAUGAAUUCGAAUUCGGGGUCGGGUAUGCCGCCUCGGCCGACGUUGCCGGUGCCGCAUCCGGCUUCGUUUACGCAGUUUCACGGUGGAAACUCGAGCUCCGCGGGUGCACAGAGUUCUCCAGUACCGACAUUACAUCUGCCGAACUCGAAAAGUGAUCGGUUGGAUACGCCGGUUUUGCAGCAGCAGGCUACUGCUCCACGACGGACUGAACAGUCUAGUGCGCAACAGCAGAACCGUAUGCAGCAACCUGAGUCUCACGCGACCAUCCAGCAAAUCCAGACACCUCGAUCACAACCUCCCGGCCGAGACACUCCUACAGACAACCAUAAACGCGUCCCCUGCCUCUGCACGAAAUGCCGCGGCAAACUCGUACACCCCGCAACAGAACGCAGACAUCGACAAGCCACGGCAGAUAUGAGUAAACUGCUAGCGAGUCGGGUGAGAUGCUUUUGUGGGGAGUGUAGGAAGAUGUCGCUGGGUGGGGUGUUGGUUGAGAGGUUUGUGGAGGUGCAGCAUCGGGCUGCUGAGCAACUAGCUGAGCAACGAGGGCAGGUCUCGGAGCAGGAUUAGGGAAUGAGGGUGGUAGUCAA